UUUCUCUGGAUUCAAAUAAAAAAACCAAGAAAGACUCCAAAAUGGUGAGUGAAGAACAAAAGGAGAGUCCUAGAGUCCGGAUGCAAUCAAACCCAGUUGACAAUAGCCAAAAUAUGGAGAAUCUUUUCAGUCCCAGAUUCAAAUCCGUGGCUGCCAUGGCUGGUUGGGACGAAGAAUCUAUCCUUUUCGCAAGCCUUAUUGUUGAAGACACGCCAGAAAGACAGUUCAGACAUAAGAAACGCUCCGAUUUGCACUUCAAGACUCCACCUUCAACCAAUACAAGAAGGAAGCGGAGGGAUCAGAAGAAGAGUCCGAUUUCAAUUCCUGUACCUAUUCUAAAUCUUGAAGAAGAGGAGGAACUUGUAAUGAAAGAAAGUGAGAAAAAGAAGACGGAGACGAGAAUUGCUGUAGAUGAAGAAAGUAAAUUAGGAGGAGACAAAUUAGCUAAAGACAACCCUGAUGCUUCUUGCUCAAACUCAGCUCUUCCUUGCAUGGAUAAACUUAGAGAAGAGCUUUCUUGUGCUAUUUGUUUGGAGAUUUGCUUUGAACCCAGUACCACUUCUUGUGGACACAGUUUCUGUAAGAAAUGUUUGCGAUCUGCUGCUGAUAAAUGUGGGAAGAAAUGCCCAAAGUGCAGGCAACUGAUAGGCAAUAGCAGAUCCUGUACGGUGAAUACAGUUCUUUGGAACACAAUACAGCUUCUGUUUCCUCAAGAAGUUGAAGCAAAGAUGGCAUCGGGCAGGAAAAACCAGAAAGAGCAUCGAAGCUCAGAAAGAAAAACCAAUAAUGAUUUAGGAAGCCGAAACGUUCGGCCUUCCAGAGCGUCAUACAGAGACACAACAAGCGUUCAGCCUUCUAGGGUGCCAAACAGGGGAGCGAUUAUCAAUAGAGGCAUGUUGCGCCAAGAUGACCCUUCUACUAGAGUGUCAAACAGAGAUGCAAGUACGAGUAGAGAUAUGUGGAACCAAGACGAGGAGGAUACUCCAUUGGUGCAAAGAUUGCGAAGAAGAGAAGCUCUUGAGCGGCUAAUAUUAAGCAGAGAAGCAACUGGGAGGAGAAGAAGAGGGAUACCAAGCCAAGAUGAGGAUACUGCAUUAGCUCUAAGGCUGCAGAGAGAAGAGUUUAUGGAAGCUUUUGGGGGAACUCAAGAGCAAUCAGGAAUCUCUCUUUCAUCAGCUAGAGCAAACUUGAGAGUCAUGGCAUCUAGAGCCGCCAUUAGCAUUCAUUCUAGAGGCCGGCCUAUAUAGUUCUUGAAUGUAGUUCCUUGACAUUUUGAUGUUUGGUUUGUAUCACCAAAUCCUUGAUAUUUUGAAUGUAGUUCCUUGACAUUUUGAUGUA